AUUUUUUGAAAGGGUAAAAGUUCAAAAAUUAGAAACCUUAACACCAAAAGAUAAGAUGCCACACCCAGACCACCUGCGAGCUGUCAAGCCACAGGCUACUUUCCCUUAAGAGUGAGUGUCUCAACAACAAAAAACAUAUGCACAUGCCAUAGUUGUCGACUAUAGAAAUUAGUCACCAUUUGUUAACUUGUCCAUGUGGAUUAUACCGAGUGAAGGUGAAACGAGAUAUUCUGGGACAUGGGCCAUCCGUUAUUGCGUGGCGUUCGCUCUUUCCGUUCUGCAACCAGAAAAAUAAAGAGAGAAAAUGAGAAAAGAUGGUUAAUUGAUUGCUCUGCUGGCUAAUAAAAUCUCCAGGAGCACUGAGGGAGGAAGGGAGAGUGUGUGAGCGCCUGAAAUGGACGCCCUUUCUUCUUCCUUCCUCUCCUCCGCAUUUCCAUCCCAGUACCCAAACCUCCUUCUACGUUCUCCCUUACCCAUAGCGACCCCACUGCCUUCCCAUGUUCUCCUCCCCAGUAUCUCCUGUAUCAGAAUUGAAGAAAAGGCUUCCAAGUACUCCUCUUCAACUCCAACCACCACCAACACUAGAACACCAUCCCAGCCCACACCGUUGUCAUCUUCACCGCCGAUGCCGACCCCGGUGACGAAAAGAUCAUCCUUGCCAACGAAGAAAUCCCCACCGUCGCAACCAAAGGGAGGAUCGGACCCGUCCCUUCCGACCACCAUCUUCAAUGCAUUCGAGGACCUCAUCAACAACUUCAUUGACCCUCCCCUCCGGCCUGCGGUCGACCCUAGGAGCUCUCUCUCCGACAACUUUGCCCCCGUGGACGAGCUUCCCCCAACCGAGUGUGAGGUGGUGGAGGGAGCUCUACCACCGUGCCUCGAUGGUGCCUAUAUCCGCAACGGUCCCAACCCACAGUUCUUGCCGAAAGGCCCUUACCACCUCUUUGAUGGUGACGGCAUGCUCCACUCAAUUCGCAUCUCUCAAGGCCGAGCUACCCUCUGUAGCCGCUAUAUAAAAACCUAUAAGUAUACCGUCGAGCGCAACACUGGCUCCCCCAUUUUACCAAACGUCUUUGGCGGCUUCCAAGGGCUCACUGCUUCCACCGCCCGCGGUGCUCUCUCCACGGUGCGAAUACUCACGGGCCAAUUCAAUCCUGUAAAUGGAAUUGGUUUGGCCAAUACCAGCCUCGUUUUCUUUGGCAACGCCCUUUACGCCCUUGGCGAGUCCGACCUCCCUUAUGCCAUGCGAUUGACUCCCGAUGGAGACAUAGAGACUUUGGGUAGGCAUGAUUUUGCUGGAAAGUUGUUCAUGAGCAUGACGGCUCACCCCAAGAUCGACCCGGACACUGGCGAAACAUUUGCCUUCCGUUAUAGCCCGAUUCCUCCGUUCCUAACUUACUUUCGCUUCAAUACGGACGGAAAAAAAGAACCCGACAUACCAAUUUUCUCCAUGCUUCGCCCAUCAUUCUUGCAUGAUUUUGCCAUCACUAAGAAGUAUGCCAUAUUUGCCGACAUACAAAUAGGGAUGAACCUCAUGGGAAUGAUUAUGGGCGGAGGAUCCCCAGUGGGCACAGACCCAGCCAAAGUGUCGAGGCUUGGAAUCAUCCCACGAUAUGCCAAAGAUGAGUCUGAAAUGCGGUGGUUUGAUGUGCCUGGGUUCAAUAUCAUACAUUCCAUCAAUGCAUGGGAGGAAGAUGGUGGCGACACCGUGGUUCUGGUGGCGCCAAACAUCCUAUCGGUGGAGCACACGUUGGAGCGGAUGGAUCUAAUACACGCAUCGAUGGAGAAGGUGCGAAUAGACCUAAAGAGAGGGAGGGUGUGGAGACACCCGCUGUCGGCGAGGAAUCUAGACUUCGGAGUGAUUAAUCCGGCGUAUGUGGGGAAGAAAAGUAGGUACGUGUAUGCAGGGGUGGGGGAUCCGAUGCCAAAGAUAAGCGGGGUGGUGAAGGUAGAUAUGGCCGUGUCAGAAGGAGAUCGCCAAGAGUGCACGGUGGCAACUAGGAUGUAUGGAGCGGGAUGCUAUGGCGGCGAACCAUUUUUUGUGGCGAGGGAGCCUGACAAUCCAGAGGCCGAGGAGGAUGAUGGGUAUGUGUUGUCAUACAUCCAUGAUGAGAAUAUCGGCGAGUCCAAGUUCUUGGUGAUGGAUGCCAAGUCACCGCAGUUGGAUGUAGUGGCGGCUGUGAGGCUGCCUCGGAGGGUGCCUUACGGCUUCCAUGGGCUCUUUGUAAGGGCCGUCGAUCUCAAAAAGCUAUAGAGUAUGCUAGAAAGAACCACAAAAGGAUUUACCUUGUUUGGACCUUGGAUUUGGAUAAGGUACAAGAUAAAAUUAUACCCGUUUUAUCUGAGCUCAUGCAAUGCAAAUUCGAGGUAUGGGAUUCAUAGUCCUAAUAAACACAACCUUAAGAAAGUUUGAUAAUACAUACACAACCUAUUGUGGGGCUUUGAAUUUUAAAGUGAAUCACAAUUAAGAGCCAUGCGAAGGAGAGUAUUGUAGAAAGACUCGAUCUCAAUUAUUUUACAUGUUAAUAUAGUAUCAUGAGAAAAAUGCACAUA